UCGCGGGCAAAAGCCCAACCCGUCUAGAGAUCCCCAAAUCUUCACCACCACCUUCUCUCCUCUCCUCCGAUUCCCUUCUCCUUUCUAAGUCGUGUGUAACUGCCGAGCAGCAAUCUCCAUGAACCGACAACAUCUGCAUAGCUUCAAUCUUCGUCAAUGGCGUUGAGAUCAACUGGACGUAAGGUCUCAUUUGACAUUCUCUCAACUUCUAUCCUAGACGACGAUCACAACUACGAUUCCUCCAUCUUCGCGACUUACCUCCGAUCAAAUUCCGAUCCUUCUCCUCAGCUUCUUCCGAUCAAUGGCGCCACAAGCCCUACCGCAAGUCGCAAGAAGAAGAAGAAAAAGAAGAAGCAUAAGAGAAUGACAGAGCAUUCCACAAUUUCCGAACUUCCUGUCACGGACGAGCAGCUAGACCGCUCAUUUCCCGUGGGAGAAUCUAACGGUUACUGUUACAGUGUUGCUCAGAGCAGUAGUGUUGUGGUAUGCGAGGAACAUGAGACGCUGCCGCUGCCUCACAGUAAUUGUUCAGUGAGUUCAGUUACUGGACUUCCGUUUGGGGAGUUGAGACAGAGAAAUGUAAUGGUUAAUGGAGUGAGCGAAGAGAGUGUUGCGUCACCACAGAUAGCCGAGAGAGAAAGUGAAAGUGUUAAGGAAUUGGAAUCGAGGUCAAAUUCGACAGUUGAACUGGAUUUGAAUAUGGAUGGGAUUGCAGGGAGGAGUUUGGAGAAGGAAGUGUCUUUAGAUUGGAAGAAGUUGAUGGCUGAAGAUCUCAACCAAACAUUUCCUGUGGAUAAGUCACCAGUGAAGUGCUUCAUGGAAGAGAUGUAUGCUGGUAAUUCUUUAAGGAGUACGGUUGCCCUUGGGAAUGAGAAAGAGCGGGAAAGAGUUUAUGAUACCAUAUUCCGCUUACCAUGGCGAUGCGAGCUGCUUAUUGAUGUUGGCUUUUUUGUCUGCUUGGAUUCAUUCCUUUCACUGCUAACUGUUAUGCCCUCGAGGUUAAUCAUGAUCUGUUGGAGGUUUCUGAAAACAAGGCAGUUCAAGAAACUUUCUGCAGUUGAGCUUUCUGAUAUUGGAUGUUGUGUCGCCCUGUCUAGUGGAGCGAUUUUGUUGCAACAAACAGAUAUCAGCUUAAUCUAUCACAUGAUUCGUGGUCAAGGAACGAUCAAGCUUUAUGUGGUUUACAAUGUGUUGGAGGUUUUUGAUAAACUAUUCCAAAGCUUUGGUGGAGAUGUGAUGCAGACUCUCUUUAAUACAGCAGAAGGGCUUGCAAAUAGCUCAACGGAAAGUAUGCAAUACUGGAUUAGAAGAUUUAUUGUGGAUGAAGUUGUAGCUGUGGCUUCAUCAAUUGUUCAUUCUUUCAUUCUGCUAGCUCAAGCCAUCACUUUGUCAACCUGUAUAGUUGCCCACAACAACGCAUUAUUUGCUUUGCUAGUAUCAAACAAUUUUGCGGAAAUAAAGAGCAACGUAUUCAAACGCUACAGCAAGGAUAACGUUCACAAUCUAGUAUAUUAUGAUUCAGUGGAACGGUUCCAUAUUUCAGCAUUUCUCUUAUUUGUCUUAGCUCAAAACCUUCUGGAGGCUGAUGGACCUUGGUUUGGAAGUUUUAUUUGUAAUGCACUUGUCGUCUACGUAGGUGAGAUGACAAUUGAUAUCAUCAAGCAUUCAUUCAUUGCAAAAUUUAACAACAUCAAACCAAUUGCGUUUUCAGAAUUUCUUGAAGAUCUCUGUAAGCAGACACUGAAUGUUCAAACAGACAAUGUAAAGAAUAACCUCACUUUCGUCCCUUUGGCGCCUGCUUGUGUGGUAAUCCGUGUGUUGCGUCCUGUGUUUGCUGCUCAUCUUCCCUAUAAUCCACUACCGUGGAGGCUCUUUUGGAUUUUCCUUCUGUCUGCAAUGACAUUUGUUAUGCUUGCAAGCCUUAAAGUAAUGAUUAGCAUUGGCCUCAAAAAACAUGCUAGAUGGUACAUAAACAGAUGCCAGAGGAGAAAACUUCACAGCGACUAAGAUACGAUAUCAUGAUGAAGCUGCAUUCUUUGUCUCAGAUACAGAGAUCUCCUUUCUCCGAGAAGACAGGAAGGGUGGGGGCAGGGAAGGUUGGGUUAGAUCUGGUUGGAAAUUUCUAUCGCUUCUCCCAGCAUUCAGCAGUUAUAGCUUCGAGUUUCUAAUCGUGCAGCAGGAUGCAUUGAUGUGGAAGUAUCUACAUUAAACGAUCAGAUGGCCCGUACUUCCAUUUUUGCACAGGGAUGUCCAUAUAAUAAGAAGGAAGUUAUAUUGAUAAUGUAUUUCAUGUGCAAUUUUUUUAAAACCCUUUCUCUAAAAAUUGGUUAACAGAAGUUGCUUUCGAAACAAAUAUCUUGUUUCUGAAAUUUUCUGUAGAUUCAGAAAAGAUUGAUGUUACACAAAGGUAAACCAUCUUCUUAGUUAAUUUGGAUGUAUUUUCUACUA